AUGUAAGAAUAACAAAUUUAAGAAGGACUUAAGGAAAAGAAACCUAAAUUAACAAGAGAUGAAAAGAAGGUUUUAAAAUAUUAACGAGCAAAAUUGAGAGCCAAGAUACUCAGAAAAAAGAUUGCAAAAAAAGUCAAAUAAAAAGUUCAUCAUAUGAAUUAGGAAGCUAAAGAAAAAUAUUCUGAAAUUAAAAAUCUAGCUAAAAAUAAUUUGUAACUUGGAUAUGAGUCAGGUAUUCCAAUCUAUAUAGAUUUGGAAUAUGAUGUUUUAAUGACAGACAGAGAAAUUAGAUCCUUAGCAUUACAAAUUGCACAUGUAUAAGGAAUCAAUAAAGAAUUAUAAUUUCCCAUUUAAUUACAUCUCACAAAUGUUAGAGGAGUAUAGAAAAAUGAAUUAGAAAAACAAGGACUCUCAAAAUGGCCUGUUCAUCAUUAUGAAUUAGGAUUAUAAGAGUUAAUUUAAGAAAGUCUAGAAAAAGGAAUUUCAAAAGAAUUCAUAUAUCUUUCUCCAGAUGCAGAUACAUAUUUAGAAUCAGUUGAUCCAGAAAAAUGUAUAUAUAUAGUUGGUGGAUUUGUUGAUAGAUAAGUUUAAAAAUAUAUGAGUUUGAACAAAGCAAACGCCUUAUAAAUUUGUAGUAAGAAAUUACCAAUUGAAUCAUUUAUAAAAGGAACUAGAAGACCAUUAAAUAUUGAUAGAGUUGUUGCAAUCUUAAGCUUGUUUUAUCAACAUAAAGAUUGGUAAGUUGCUUAUGAAUAAAGCGACAAUUUUAAUAUAAGUUUAGCAGAGAGAAUUUCUAGAUAACAUCAAAAACAAGAAUGA